AUGAGUCUCCCCAACGUCCUGACCUACGAUGCGUCGCGUAACAACGAUGCCCGGCAUGCGCACCGCGUCGCAUUGACGAGCUUCAACACUGGCCCCUCGAACAAGCUCACCGUCGUCGAUCUCGCACCGCAGCACCAGCACCAGCCUGGCUCGGCGGGAUACGGUGGACAGGGAGGACAGGACUUUACGCAGCUGGCGAGCGCGAACCUCGCCUUUCCCGCGACGAAGGUCGCGUGGGAGCCCAGCUCGAGCAUCGGAAGGCACGACGGAGGAGCCCUCCUCGCGACGACGGGCGAUGUGCUCCGUAUCUGGGAGCUAACGAAUGGGGAGAACGACCCCACCCCAGCACAGUCGCGCAUCGGGUACGGCAGCAGGAACGGGUACGAUGCGAGCUACAAGCUGAGUGAGCGGAGCGUGCUUUCGAAUGCGAGACGAGUGGCCGCCUUCGCACCAGCUGUAAUUCUUUCGCGCCGAGCUAACCCCCAGAGCAAGCAGCACAUCUGCAACCUGCCCCCGAUCACGAGUUUCAGCUGGAACCCGACUGCGCCGGCCUCAAUCGUGACCUGCAGCACGGACACGACGGCAACGCUGUGGGACAUCCACACCUCGACUGCCCUGACGCAGCUCAUCGCGCACGACAGGGCAGUGUACGACCUCUCGUGGCUGCCGCAGAGUGCCGAGAUCUUCGUCUCGGUCGGUGCCGACGGCAGCUUACGCGCGUUCGACCUCCGGCAGCUCGAGCACAGCACGAUCCUGUACGAGACGCCCAACUCGGCGCCUCUGGCGAGAAUAGCCUUCAGUAACCGAGAACAGCACCAGCUGGCCUGUUUCAGCAUGGACGACAGCAAGACGCUGAUCCUCGACAUGCGCUCUCCAGGCCAGCCCGUCGCCGAGCUGCUGGGCCACAGCGCGCCCCUGAGCGCCAUCGCAUGGGGCAACGGCGGCAGUUCGGUCGGCGAGAGCGGCGGCGGCUGGAUCGCGAGUGCGGGCGACGACGGCCAGAUCCUCAUCUACGACCUGACGGAGAAGAUCCCGGUCGAGCCAAAGGCCAAGACGUCCAAUGGGCCAUAUGCGCUCAGUCCGGCGGUGGGCGAAACGCCAACGCGGACCCCGAGUCCGGCAAACAAUGCCGUCGAGUACCAGCCCGUCCGGGCCUGGAACGCGCCUGCCGAAAUCAACAAUCUCGCCUACUCCAGGGACGGAGACUGGGUCGGCGCCGUCUCGGGCCAGAGGCUCAGUGUCGUGCACCAGGUCUGA